AUGACAAAAAACCUACAACAGAGAGUGGCCUUAACGUCAACCUCAACAAGUACGAAAACAACUAUUGACGACGAUAAUGUAUCCAUCAAACACACAAAGAAGACAACAACUAUAAGAAAGUUGUAUACUUGGGAUGAAAUACCGGAAUGGCAAAAGGACAAUGAACAUAUUAUUGCUGGAUACGUUAGAGAAACCAACAGUUUCAGGAGAUGUUUUGAUAGUUUAUUUUAUAUCCACAACGAAACAGGGAAUGUCUAUUCUCAUCUCGUCCCAGGAGUAGUUUUUUUUCUCACCAUGCUAUUUGACAAAUAUGCCAUUGUAUCAUUUGAGACUACCACUUUUACUGAUUAUCUGAUUAUCAAUUUAUUUUUCCUUGGUGCAUUCACAUGUUUAAUUCUAAGCAGCACAUUCCAUUGUUUCAAGAGUCACUCUUUAAAGAUUGCGACAUUUGGAAAUAAAUUAGAUUAUUUAGGUAUUGUUGUCCUUAUUGUUACCUCCAUGAUUAGUAUAUUAUUCUACGGGUUUUAUGAUAAUGGACCAUUCUUUUAUGGCUUUUCUUUAUUAACUCUAUCCUUUGGAAGCGCAUGCGCUAUUGUUUCCCUAAAGGAUAAGUUUCGUUCAAGAGAAUGGAGGCCUUAUAGAGCAGGCCUUUUUGUUGCUUUUGGAUUAUCUGCUGUUCUUCCAAUAUUAACGGGUGUUAUGUAUUAUGGUCCACACGAGACAUGGACACGUAUCCAAUUGAAAUGGGUAGUUCUUGAAGGAGUGUUCUACAUCUUUGGGGCCUUUUUGUAUGGUAUUAGAUUCCCGGAAAAAUAUGUAAAUGGGACGUUUGACAUUUGGGGUCAUUCGCAUCAGAUAUUCCACCUCCUCGUUGUUGUUGCUGCCUUCUGUCAUUUGAAGGCUUUAUUGGGGAGUUACGAGUUAGUUCACAUGAAUCUUUAA